AGUAGGUAGCGACGGUAGCGUUUACAGGAAGCAACUGCAAAGCAGUCGUAAGUCACGUGAUCGUAACAGUGUGCUGAAGACAUGGCGGACAAAGAGGAGACUGAGAAGACCAUCGCCGAAGACUUGGUUGUCACCAAGUAUAAAAUGGCCGGCGAGAUCGUAAAUCGAGUAUUGAAGCAAGUUUUAGAUAAAUGUGUUGUUGGAGCAUCAGUAAGAGAAAUUUGUGAAUAUGGAGACAAAUUAUUACUUGAAGAAACCAGCAAGGUUUUUAAGAAAGAAAAAGAAUUGAAGAAGGGAAUUGCAUUUCCUACAUGCAUAUCGGUUAAUAAUUGUAUUUGUCACUUUUCACCAAUUGCAAGUGAACCAGAUCUUAUACUUAAAGAUGAGGAUAUGGUAAAAGUAGAUCUUGGGGCACAUAUUGAUGGCUUUAUAGCUGUUGUGGCACACACUAUUGUUAUAGGUUCGUCAUCGACAAGAAAAGUUACUGGUAGAAAAGCAGACGUAGUAUUAGCUGCGCAUUAUGCAUCUCAAGCUGCGUUAAGGCUUUUAAAGCCUGGUACAGAGACCUAUACAAUAACAGGAACAGUUGAAAAGAUUUGUGAAGCAUAUAAAUGUAAACCAAUUGAAGGAAUGCUCAGUCAUCAAUUAAAACAAUUUAAAAUAGACGGAGAAAAAACUAUAAUUCAAAAUCCCAAUGAUGCACAGAAAAAGGAACAUGAAAAGUAUACUCUUGAAACUCACGAGGUAUAUGCUAUGGAUGUCUUGGUUAGUACUGGUGAAGGGGUAGGCCGAGAACAGGAUACUCGGGUUACUAUAUUCAAAAAAACAGAGGAAACAUAUCAGCUAAAAUUGAAAGCAUCGCGCAUGUUUUACUCUGAAGUCACUCACAAACAUGGACUUAUGCCAUUUAAUUUACGUACUUUCGAGGAUGAAAAGAAAGCAAAAAUGGCGGUUGUGGAAUGUGUAAAUCAUAGGUUGAUCGAACCAUUCCAAGUACUGUACGAAAAGCCAAAUGAGUUUGCUGCACAAUUUAAAUUUACGGUACUAUUAAUGCCUAAUGGGCCGCAUAAAAUAACAGGAAUUCCCUUUGAUCUUGAUGUGUAUCAAUCCGAUUGUGUUGUUGAAGAUCCCGAAUUAAAGACUCUUUUGUAUACUUCCGCAAAUCCGAAGUCGGCAAAGAAGAAGAAAAAGAAGGCUGAAAAAGCUGUAGGUGAAGUAGCAAUGGAAGUUGAUGCCAAGGCCUAACACGACCGUUUUAGUGUUCAUCAUGACAUUAAUAACAUCGUGCACUUUACGUUAUCUUUUAUUCAGUAGCUUCAGAGCAGAAAUUAGACACUUUUCAACAUCACCUUAUCUUAAUAUUUUUCCUUUUAUCGGAACACUUCACUGAUAAAUCGUAAUUCGUCAUAUUGUUAUCUCCUCGCUACAUCUACUUUGAUGAUUUUUUAAUGAUAUAACUGGAUCCACAUUAAUUCAAAAAGUGUCAGAUUCUGCCCUGAAAGAAUCGGACUUUACAACACUUAUUAACGCUGCGCCAUUUAUUGGAACUUACGUUUUUAUACUGACGUAUCUUUUAACAGACCAUGGUAUUAUUUUACACUGAACAAUGAUUAUUCAUAAGACGUUUAGCAGCUGAUCUAAUACAAUUUGAACACGUGAAUAUCUCGCUAAUAAUGGUGAGAAUAUAUGACUGUUUUGUGCGAAUUAAUUUGACCGAGCCACAAAAUGGAUCGCACGUGCAUUCAUAUCGCAUUUAUUUCGUGACGAAAGCCAAUAAAAUACGACUUUGAUUUUAUAAAAAUUAUAACAAAAAAAACUAUUAAAUUAAGUCGCGUUUACUUAAAAUUUAAUUGCACUACAAAACAAAAAUUGCUUGAACAGAAUCAUAGUUAAUAUAAGUAUAGUUUUUUGAACGCAUUGUUAAACGUUAUAGACACCAUUGCUAGUUUUCUACUAGCUGAUUUACAUCUAAUGUCUGAUCAAUGAGAAUUAUUACCAUAAAAAAACCACCUAAUUUCGAAUUGUACAAUUGGAAUGAAUGUCCAUAUUCGGAUUUCGCAUAAAUGAUGAAAUGCCAAUUAACCUCGGAGUAUUUCGUUGCAAGAAUUCCCCGACCAUCAACAAAUAUUUUAUUCUCUUUAAUUUGUGUCUGAGCAAAUUUUAACGCGCGUUAAACAUUAAUCACAGGUACAUUUCGUAUUAUCCACGUUCGAGUGAGACAAAAAAAAAUAGAACCUUUCAGAGGACAAGAGAUUUUAUGGGGAGUAAUAGUCUUGCCGAGGUAAAAAAGCGGAAAUUAUAAAAUAUUAAUACGAUGUAAUAAUAGUUUUAUAAUAAGGAGGAUAGAUAAUGUAUCUGUUAUAGAUAUUUUUUCUACUCAAGUUGUGCAUAUGUCGAAUGUUACCGAGUGUGCUUGUAAAACAAAAGAUAUCUUAAGUCAUAGUGCACUGUCCUUAAUUUGCCCUGAUCGGAGUAUCUUCCCAUUAUAUUUGGUAUCAUACUUGCAAUAAAACUAAAAUAAGUAUGGAAAGGUUGAAUCCAUACGUCUUCUUCGACAAAGUUUUUAUCAUUUUAAUGAAAUUUUAAAUAAUAGAAAGUAAGAAUAUUCUUAUUGCACCUGAGAUAACUACUAGUGUCUAAAACGCAAAAGAGGACUGUGCACAAAAUUCAUACUUAACAUAAAAUUUAAUAUGGUGAUAUGAAAUUGUUAUUAAAAGAAAAAAAAA